AUGGUGAAGCGGUGGCUUCCCCUCGAGGCCAAUCCCGACGUCAUGAACCAGUUCAUGUGGGGGCUGGGGGUCCCCGAGGACGUGGGGUUCUGCGACGUGUACGGCCUCGAUGACGAGUUGCUCGCCAUGGUGCCCCAGCCGGUGCUCGCAGUCAUACUUCUCUACCCUCAGGACCGGAUCAAGGAAUCCCAAGCUUCAGCUACCUCGUCGGUGGAGACCAAGGAGCCCAGCAAGAAUGUAUAUUUCACAAAACAAACUGUUGGGAACGCCUGUGGCACAGUUGGUAUUAUUCAUGCACUGGGGAAUGCUACUUCCAGAAUCAAGCUUGCUGAGGGGUCAUAUUUCGAUAGAUUUUAUAAACGAACUGCUGACAUGGAUCCUAGCCAGCGUGCUACAUUUCUUGAGGAGGACGAGGAAAUGGAGAAUGCUCAUUCCAUUGCAGCUACUGCUGGUGACACAGAGGCCAAGGAUGGAGUAAUUGAACAUUACAUUUGUUUCUCUUGCGUCGAUGGAGAACUUUAUGAGCUUGAUGGGGGGACAUCACAGCCAAUACCCCAUGGGCCUUCCACUCCUGCUACCUUGUUGCAGGAUGGUGCAAAAGUUAUAAAAGCAAGACUUGCCUUGUAUUCCCAGUCAAACAACUUCAAUGUCAUGGCUCUUUCAGGCAAAGUGAUAUAG